AUGGCAGGAGUACCCAUCCCGUGGACUAACCAUGCCAAGUACCUCGGAGUCAGUUUUGACAGAUAUCUAACCUUCAAUAAACACGUUAAAAAUACUCUUGUCAAAGCGCGUAGAUGCAAAAACAUGCUUAACCCCAUCCUAAACAGCCGAAGCCCAGUGCCGCUCAAAACUAAAAUACAAAUCUACCUCAUGUAUAUCAGACCUCUCCUAACAUACGCCGCCGAGGCCUGGGGCCCUUGCAUCUCUCUCUCAAAUUGGAAACUAAUUGACUCAGUUCAGACCAGCUGCAUACGGACCAGCGCUGGCCUCAUGAAAUUCGUAUCCAACCAAAACGUUCGAGACUCUGCCAGACUAAAAACCCUACGUGAAGUAGUCACAGAAAACUCAAAACGCCUAUUCAAUCGAAACACCCUCUCAAAUCAUAGCCAUAUAAAAGAAUUAGGCCGUGACGAAGCCGAAACGACAAUUAAGACCACUCCAAAAAUACGACCAUUCGAUUGGUCACAUACAUAA